AUGGGCGCUCACAGCUCAAAGGAAAAAUUGUCGCGUUCCUAUUCGGAACGUUAUAUCCACGCCCAAGUUAUCGAAAGGGAACGUUUUGGUAGUUUUGGAAAACGUGCUAAAGGAGCAGCCAAGAAACGCGAUGUACGCAAUUUGAGUAUUUCGCCGACCGAUUUGGGACCACCACCAAAAACACAACAAACAUCGAAUGGUUCCUCAACACGGCCAAAACCGGCGGUUUUAACAUUAACACAAAAACGUUUUAAUGCCCAGAGCAAUUGUACAACACCAUCUCCAUCCACAACAUCGACGGCUGCUAGCAGUCCAACAGGUGGCAGCACCAACAGUAUUAAAGGCUCGCCACCAUUAAAAAAAUUCCAAUUGAAUACCAGACGCACUGAUAGCAAGACGACACCAAACAAAACUCCGUUAAAAGAUCACAAUCGAAUUAUAAAUCAAACGAUUACGCCACCGUCUUCAAAGAGUAACUCUAGCAAACCAGACACGCCAACAGACCUUCAGGAAAAUGGUCUUUCUCUUCUCAACAAUAACAACAACAUCAGUGCAUCGACAGCUGCCACUGCAACGACAACAGCGGCAUCGAUCACAGACAAGAGUGGUCCAAGCAUCAGAACAAACUCCAGGACAUCUUCGCCUGUUCUUUUGGCCAUUAACAAUAAGAAAAGUACUACACCCGCCUCACCAUCAGCUGUUACCAAUCAUCUUAGCGAUAAGAAGCUGCAAAGUAAAUUACAUAAUUCAUCAUCGCCAUCAACGUCCACAAAUAAUGUUAGCCGAAAAUUGUUGUUGCACAAACAGCACCAGCAACUGUCAGAUGACGCCGUUGUCAUACCUUCGGCAGAACCUCCGGUUGCCGAAGAGUUGCAACAAUUGAAACUACUUAACCGGCACUCGUGUAAUGGUGCAUUGAACUAUGAGGCAUUUGAACAGCAACAAUUGCAACUGCAGCAGCUGCAACAACAAUCGGCUCACCAAACUAAGAGCACAGAAGCUUUAGGAGUGCUGCUGCAAUAUCUGGUCUAUGAUUUGGAUGCUUUUGCAUGUCCAUCGCUGAGAUCUGAGAAUACUAAAACAAAGGAUAAACUAAAGAAGACCUUGCUAUUGUUGGACGAGGCCAAGAGUACUUGUUCUGAAUUGCAGGAUCAGCUUUGUGAUAAGGAGGCUUACUACAUAGAAAGAGAAAAUGAAUUACAGGCUUUACAUCGCUGCGAGUUGGACAAAGCCCGAACGAGUUUUGAGGAAUUCGAAAUUGCAGCAAAGCGGCAAAUUUCUGUUCUGCAAUCGCAACUUGAAAGUACGCAGACGGAAAACCGCAACAAUUUCGAAAGCUAUCGUAGUGAAAUGGAAAAGAAGCUCUCCGAGAAAGUAGAUCAAAUAAGAAGUGCAGAGGAACGUGAAAGUGUGCUACAGCAACGUUUGGAAAAUUUGGAAAUUUCUGAACAGAAGCUACGGGAAAGAAUUACCCAAACGGAGGACUCCUGUUCGAAGCGUUUGCAACAGUCCGCCGAACGAGAAAUGGAGUUAAUGGAGCGCAUCAAGUCGUUAACCAAAGAAUUGGAUAGGCUGAAAUCGCAAAAGGAGAGCAACGAACGUGAUUUAAAGGAUAAACUUAAUCUUUCGAAUGACGAAAUUGCCAUCCUGCGUACCACACGGAGAAGCCUAAACGAAAGUGGGGUCUGUUCACCACGAAACACUUCAUCGUGUUCAGCAGUGGGCAAUAUGGAAUUUUCUCGCCUUCAAAAUGAAAUUGAAAGCCUAAGAUGUGUCUUGGAAUUGAAACAGAAGGAAAUUUCCAAGUUGACCAAACAAAAUGAAGAAUUGCUAAGGGAUGCCGAUGAGAAAUUAGCUUUGCAGACAAAAAUCUCUCUACUGGAAUCCAAGAAUGAAAUGCUGCUCUCUGAAAUGGAAAUUAAAUCGGAAAAGGAAAAGGAAUACCUGAGACAGAUAGAUGAAAUUCAAAAAGCAUUCAAUCAUGAGACGGUCAAACGUACCCGAUUGUCCUAUGACAAUGAAGCCCUGCAGUGGCAACUGAAGCAACGUUCCGAACAGUUGCAUCUUGUAGAGACCAAGCUGCAUGAACUCUCAUCCCACGAAAUGUCAUCGACCUCAAUCACCAAUCGUUCCUCUUCGAAUGGAUCUGCCUUAAAUUCAUCGCUGCACAUGGACGACAUUUCACCGCCCAGUUCUCCAGUUAUUAAGGGAGUUAUCGAAAAGACCGAUUCUGUGUCGUGGGUGCUCGAAAUGGACGACGAAACUCCAGAGGCCGCUGCUACGAAAAUGGUCAAACGAGCUGGUUCUUUUCGAUCUGUGGAACGUAGUUCCUCCAUGAGAAAACAGUUGUCUGUUAGUGCCAGUGCGGGACAAACAUUUAAUAAUAGUUUAUUGGAUACAACUGGGCCAAAUCCUCUCUCCCAGUCCAUGUCCGCCACCUCCGUGAUAAGAGAACAUUCCAAAGUUGAAACAAAUGAAUUUAAUAAUAGAUUACACCCACGUAUACGCUCAAAAUCAGUUAGUGUAAAGGGCUGCGAAGCCUUGCAACAAAAGCAGAAGUCAUCAUCUUCAAAAUUGUCGCGACAAUUGUCAUCGGGUAGUUCACGUAAAAGCACAGAGCCGGUUGAUUUCAAAGAACCCCUCACGUCCAGUUCUCCCUUUAGUGUUAGACCUAGAACCUCUACGUUAAAAAUUGAUAACGAACAGAGUGAAGAUGCUUUGUUUAGGCGCAGUAGUGCUAAGCUCAUUACUUGUGACACCUCCGCAUUAAAUAAAGGCGAACGUUUAGAGAUGCGCUCGCUACCCUCACACCCCUCUGUACAGGACUUGAAAGGUAUCAAAAAGUGUCAAGAAAUACAAGAGUCGGCGGGAGAAGCCAUGGUAUCGGGAACAAAUUCCGAGGACGAAAGUUGCUCAGCUUCGUCAGAUGAUGUUGUUAGUACAGCCUCGUCGUCAGGCAAUUCAGAUUCGACUAACUCCUCAAAUCAGUUGAAAAAUUCACGCAUGUCCAUAGAAGAUGUCUUGCUUAUGGAGAAGAUGAAUAGCCUAUCGGGCACGCCCAUGGAAGUCAGCUGGUCCGAAGAUGCAGAUGGCCUGGCAAACAGUUCUACGCUAUGACAUGACCUUGAACGUCAUGAUAUGUAUGAAGUCCAAGAGGACGAUGAGGAUAGUUUUUAAGGUGGUAAGCAUUAGUUGGAGCUCCACUUUUUCUUGCCCAUUGAGAACAAGUUAAUGGGAUACAUUUGCGCAAAUCAUCACCAUUGUUUAUUAGAACACUCCUGUAGACCACAAU